AUGCGAUGCUCCCUGAAGCGCUCCGUCACGGCUGCGCUCGCAGAACCCCAACCCCGGCUCUGCUUGGUGCUCUGGGGUCUGACCUGGCUGCCUGCUGCUCCCAUCCAGGUGGAGCUUAGGGGCUUGGCCCCAGAGACGAUCCUGCAGAUGCUGAAGCCCGAAGGAGCCCUGCGCAUCCUCAGGGACACAGAAGAGCUCUCAGCACUCCACAACAUCUCCUACCACCUCCUUGCUGGCUCCCUCUCGCCCCGCAGAAAAUUCUUGGCCGUGGGAUUGGCAUCAGUGCGGCGGGCGCGGGGCUACUCCCCCCCAGCCACGCUCCAGUCCCUCUUCAAGCAGUCGACAGAGGAGGAGCUGCAGGAGAUGGUGGUGGUGGUGCACCUGGCCGACGCAGACCCUGAAUGGAACGUGCACGUGGCUGCCGACAUCGCCCGCAAGUUUGCUCACCACAUCCUCCUCGGCCGGCUCCUGCUUAUCCACGCUCCCCAUGAAUUUUACCCUACCCUCGAGGGCCUCAAGAGAAACUACAACGACCCGGAGGAGCGGGUGAGGUUCAGGUCCAAGCAGAACGUGGACUACGCCUUCCUCUUCGCCUUCGCUGCCAACCUCUCCUCCUACUACCUGAUGAUCGAGGACGACGUGUGGUGUGCGAAGUCCUUCUUGACGGCCAUCCGCAAGGCGCUGGCUUCCCGGGAAGGCUCCAACUGGGCCACCCUUGAAUUCUCCAAGCUGGGCUACAUCGGUAAGCUCUACCGCUCCAGUGACCUUCCUCGCCUGGCUCGCUUCCUCCUCCUCUUCUACCAGGAGAUGCCCUGCGACUGGCUGCUGGUCCACUUCCGCCUCCUGCUCACCCAGAAGGACGUCAUCCGCUUCAAACCCUCCCUCUUCCAGCACAUGGGCCUCUACUCCUCCUUCCAGGGCACCAUCAACCGGCUGGAGGACGACGAGUUCCAGGCUGAUGCCUUGGACCUUCCCGACAACCCACCGGCGGCCUUGUUCACCAGCAUGGCCGUCUUCGAGAACUACGAGCCCCUCAAGGCUUACAGCACAGCAGAGGGGUAUUUCUGGGGGAAGGACCCAGCAGCCGGCAGCGUCUUCUCCACCGCCUACACCCCCGUGGGCCCCUUCGAGAAGGGGUCCUUCGAGCGGCGGGGGCUGGAGAGGGGCGUGCCGGGCCCCGUGGAGUGCGUGAGGAUCCGGGUAACGCAGGACCAAAGCGAGUGGCUCAUCAUCCAGAGCAUCGACAUCUGGACCACGGCGGGCACCUGA